GUCGUUGUUUGGGCGUCUGCUGCAGCCCAGUCAGGUGGUCAGCGGCUGCAGCGGUCGCUUUUUCGCGCAUGGGUUUAUUUAUCUGAAACUUCACUGAAGCACAGCCAUGAACGUGAACCUACGUUUUAGGGAGCAGUGAGGAUCGGUGCACAACAUCGUUUUUACCCUUUUGUAAAAGAGUGCAACUUGAAAUGAAUCCUGCGUCGGUCGUUGAAAUAGACGUCCUUGUUGGAAACAACACCUUGAUAGAUCCUGAUGUGUUCCAGUUAUGGCUAGAAGGAUAUUCUGCUCAGGAUGCUGCAGCAGCCAUCCACAGAAAUCAAGGCAUGAAGGAGUCAGAAAUACCUUUGGAACUCCUAAAAAGUGACGUAAUAGAUCACUACAGGACACUUCAAAUGCUCGAGCGACUGUUGCAUAGCCCAGUUCAUCUUGCUGAACAGUGGACAUUCCAGCUUAUGCCAGAAACGCAAGAAAUGUUAAUAGAAAAGUACUAUGACUUCAACAACAGUGUUGUUCGGGAAUUCCUCGGUAAAAAACUUUCAUCUCGCAACCGGAAAGACCUGGACGAAGUUAGUGAAAGAACAGGAGUUGAUAUCAAAAGCUGUAGAAGGCAGUUUGACAACAUAAAGACAGUCUACAAAGCUGUCGAAGAACUGCAAGGCCCACUCCUGAAAAACAUUCGGACGCACUUCUUAUUACCAGAAGAUUUGGCAAAGAAGUACGCCGCUGUCGUUUACAUCACCCACAACCGCUUCGAAACUGGGAAGAAAAAGUUGCACUACCUCUCCCUCGACGACUUUAUAUUUUGCGCAAACGACAUGAUCAACGCUUGGAGCUGCAAGUCCCAGGGUGGCAAGGAUGACGAGUCUGAGUUGGAAAUAGACAAAGAUUUCCUUCAUAACCUGAGGGAAGUGAAAACGCUCUUGGACAAAGACCAUCUCGAUAAACUUAGAGAAGACAUAGCGUUUGCCCUGUGGAAUCGUGUUUCGAAGCACACCAUGCAAAACAUAGACUCCAGCUUCAAGUCAUUCACAAGAAUGCUGGUGAACAUUGCCAAUGGAUUGAGUCACAGCAAAGAACUGAGAGACUUCUUUGUGGAUCUCGUUGAAAAGAUAAUUGAACCGUGCCGUUCCGCACGAUGGACUCUGGAAGAGCUUCAAGCUUUUAUGGAUGCUUUCACAAAAUGUCCACAAAGUGUAGCAUUUGCCCAAGAACCACUUCUCAACGAGGCUUGGGUACGUUACAUCAGCACGUUGUCCAGGUGUGCAUGCCGCCUCUACGCUCACUGAACAUGAACCCCAUCUGCUUAGAGGAACAGCAAGACGAUCGUAGUCGGGCUAACCUUUCCCUUCAUAUCACAAUAAACAUAUUUCAACCCCAUGCAUUGGUUACAAUGUCAAAUAAAGAGUCAAAUGCAGUUUA